UUCUUGAUUUAGUUCCUCCAUAAAUAAUCCAAGUCCUAUUUAUUUAUUUUCCAGUUUUUUUUUUUAAAAAAAGAAUAAUUUACUUGGUUUAAUCUUUUAUUGAAAGCAGAAGAUACCUGUGAGUGUUGAAAGGUUUCGUGUUUGGACGACAUUCACGGUUUCCUCUAAGUAAUUCCAUACGGUAGCAUUCUUUUUUACUUUUUCGUAAACGAUUUGACCUAAAGUGUGAUUCCCUACAAAAUUUAAAGAAUUUCGUUCACCUCUGAAGAGAAAGAGAUAUUGAAUUCUAGUAAAUAUGGCUGCCGAACAGAGAAAAAUUAUUGAACAACUUAUGGGAAGUAACCUUUCCAAUUUUACAAGUCGCGGCCAAGUGCAUUUUACGGAUCGCAAAGUGUGUAGAAGCUUUUUAUGUGGAAUAUGCCCUCAUGAUAUAUUUACAAAUACAAAGAUGGAUUUAGGCCCUUGUCCAAAAAUCCACAGUGACAAGCUUAAGUCCGACUAUGAGCGAGCUAGUUAUUCACAUAGUUAUGGUUACGAAUGGGAUUACUUGGAUGACUUAGAACGGCAUGUUGAUGAAUGUAAUCGAAGAAUAGAUAUUGCAGAGGCCAGAAAGGAAAAAACAAAGGAGGAAAUUGAACGAACAGAUGAGUUGAUGCGUGAAAUAGCCCAUACAGGACAUUCCAUUGAAGUUCUGAUCGAGGAGAUGAAAGCUUUAUCUCAGAAGGGACACCUUAACCAGUCUAUGAAACACUAUACUGAGCUAAGUCGCCUCAGAAGUCGUAAAGAGGAGUUGCAUCAAGAAGUAAUUUCUAUGAACGAAGUCCCCAGUCAAGCUGGAACCACUCAUCAAAAGUUACAGGUUUGUGAUGUUUGUAGUGCAUAUUUGUCUCGACUGGAUAACGAUAGACGUUUAGCAGACCACUUUUCAGGUAAGAUGCACCUGGGAUAUGCGAUGCUACGAAACUUGGCCAAGGAUCUUCGAGAACAGUUAGAUGUACAGAUAUCUAGUAAAGGUGAAGAAGAUGAACCAGAGAAUGAAAAUUCGAAACACGGUGAGCCACGUUCAGAAACGCGUUCAACUCUACACGUAAGUUGAUAAAGGAUCUAAUACAUUUAUAGCUUAUUUAUGUUACCAAUAGCAUAGCUGUCACAAUAGCAUCUUGUUUAUGUAUUCUACCAAAAGUAUAUGGAUAAUAAGCAGAACUGUUUCCCUUAGUUCACCUACAGAUAGUACACGAGUUAUCUUUUUUUCUGUUAUUAUUGGCUUUUGUUUUUAUUUUCGACACUGAAAAGAAGAAAUCUACUAAAUUGUCUACGUGGAACUGAAAUACUAAUUCGGUCCUAUCUCCUAGAAAAAUCUGUUUGUAUCAGAAAGUAAAAUUUUAAUAAGUGUAAAUUAUGUUUCUUUUUAUU